AUGCCAUCAUGGUUACCCGGAAGCGGAUCCAAUCCGCCCCCGUCCACUCAGCCUAGCACGUUGGGGGGCGGAUCAGGCAAUUGGAUGAACAUGGACAACAUGCGGUAUGCUCAGGGAGAACUUACUGGCGAGAAUGAUGCGUUCAAAGGAUUGGGCUUGGAACUCACACGGCAACAGAGGAUCAUGGGUUUUGUGGGCUGGUGAGUGCUUGGAGGCGCGAAAGCGUCAGGAGGGCUUAGUGGGUGUGGUACUUGCUGCUACUAGGCGACAGAGGAAGCUGGAGGCAAGAGAGUGAUCAGCUUCUGCGGCGCACGUGGAGUGGGCAGUCGAAGGCCAAAUUUGCCCGGCGUACGAUUAUAUGGAAUGAGAUCGUUCCUCUGACGACACCCGUAUUGCGAGAAGAUGCGUUGGGCUGGACAUCUCUGUGCGCGCAGCUGCUACACCGCCAAAUCAAUGCGGAGCGGAGAGAUGCCUUGUGUCGCAUACGGCCAGGCAGAUGGCGAGAUCACCCCGUCCGUCCCACAAAUGCGCCUGAAUGGAACGCUGCUGACCACAUUUGCUGACUCCGUAUACAAUUUCAGUUUGGUGGGAGGCUUUGCCUUGUCCAUCGUAGGCAGCGUGAUGUUGUUCAUUGGAGCAAUUGCCCUCUUUGCGAUUCUGUAUUCGAUCGGCGUCAUAGUCUCGUUAGUUGGUACAGGCUUUUUGGUCGGAGUGAGUGUCAUCCUCGCGACUUGACAGACCCCCAAAACUCCAAGCAGUGUUAAAGGUCACGCAGCGCUGAUCGUCUUGAUGUCCAUGCACUGCCGCCUCCAGUUCAAAAGGCAGCUGAAAGCGAUGUUUGAGCCAGUUCGGAUCGUCGCAACCUUGAUUCUGUUUGCCGCCUUUGUCAUGGUCUGGUGAGCGAGGUCCCUUUGUCACGUCGAGUCGUCUCGGAUGCGAGAUGCUGACCAGCACGCCUCUCCAAAUGCCCAACAUUGCCAGGGUUGCAGCUUUUGCCAUUGGGAUCAACGCUUUGGCUCUGAUCUUCGUCGUGAUUCUCUACCUAGCGUACAUUUGGUACUCGUGCGUUCUUGCCUGGCUGUCGAGCUUCUCUUCGCCCUUUGCUCUGCAUCCGUAG